CAUUCUUACAUCCAGGGCACACACUGUGUUAUUUGGUUGCCAAGAACUGGUUUCUGCAUAUCCUCUCACAAUGACCUCUUACAGCUACAGGCAAUCCUCUGUCUCAGGUGGAGGGUUUGGUGGUGCUUCUUUCAGGGCCCCAAGCAUCCAUGGUGGGUCUGGUGGCCGGGGUAUCUCUGUCUCUUCUGCAAGGUUUGUCUCCUCUGGGGCUGGAGGAGGCAUAGGUGGUGGGUAUGGUUCAGGGCUGAGCAGUGGUUAUGGAGGGAGUUUUGGUGGAGGCUUUGGUGGAGGCUUCGGUGGAGGCUUCGGUGGUGGUGCUGGAGGUGGGUUUGGAGGCAGCGUGAGCGUCAAUGAUGGCCUCCUUUCUGGAAAUGAGAAGAUCACUAUGCAGAAUCUGAAUGACCGCCUGGCAAGCUACUUAGAUAAGGUGCGGGCCCUGGAGGAAGCCAACACAGAUCUGGAGGUUAAAAUCCGAGAGUGGUACCAGAAGCAGGGGCCAAGUCCAACCCGUGACUAUAGUGCAUAUUACAAGACCAUUGAUGAUCUCCGAGAGAAGAUCUUAGAUGCAACAACUGAAAACUCUAAAAUUGUCCUGCAGAUUGACAAUGCCAGGCUGGCUGCUGAUGACUUCAAAACCAAGUUUGAGACAGAGCAAGCUCUGCGCAUGAGUGUUGAGGGUGACAUCAAUGGAUUGCGCAGAGUCCUGGAUGAAUUGACCUUGGCUAGGACUGAUCUGGAGAUGCAGAUUGAAAAUCUGAAAGAGGAACUUGCUUACCUCAAGAAGAACCAUGAGGAGGAGAUGGCCGCACUGGCAGGGCAACUUGGAGGCCAAGUGAGUGUGGAAGUUGACUCUGCUCCGGGCAUUGAUCUCACCAAAAUCCUGGCUGAUAUGAGAGACCAGUAUGAACUGAUGGCUGAGAAGAACAGGAGAGAAGCUGAGGCUUGGUUCACCAGCAAGACUGAAGAACUGCAUCAAGAAGUUGCCGUCAAUACCGAACAGCUUCAGUCCAGCAAGACUGAGAUCACUGACUUGAGACGCACCCUCCAAGGCUUGGAGAUAGAGCUCCAGUCUCAGCUUAGCAUGAAAAAUGCAUUGGAAAACACCUUGGCAGACACAGAAUGCCGCUAUAGUGCCCAGCUGGCCCAGAUCCAAGGCCUGAUCAGCAACAUCGAAGCGCAACUGGUUGAGCUCCGAUCAGACAUGGAGCGUCAAAACAGUGACUAUAAGAUCCUAAUGGACAUCAAGAGCCGGCUGGAGCAGGAGAUCGAGACUUACCGCCAGCUUUUGGAUGGACAAGAACUCCACUUUUCCGGAACCCAUGGUAAGGCUUCUUUCAUUCACAGGUUUGUGCCUAAACCUUCCUUGCUUCCAACCAUGGCUACAAGCUAUUACCAGAGUUCAUCUGCUUCCUACGGUGGUGGUUUGGGUGGCGGGAGCCGUAUGUCCUCUGCCCGAAUGGGAACACCUAGCCUUGGGGGAGCUGGUGGCCGAAUAUCUGUCUCUUCUGCUAGGUUUGCAUCCUCCGGGGCAGGAGGUGGUUAUGGAGGUGGUGUAGGAAGCGGCUUUGGUGGUUCCUAUGGCAAUGCACUUGUUUCUGGUGGAGGUGGUGGCUAUGGUAGUUGUUUUGGUGGGGGAUUUGGUGGUGGUUAUGGUGGCUAUGGUGGUUUUGGCAGUGGUGGUGGUUUUGGCAGUGGUGGUGGUUUUGGCAGUGGUUUUGACUUUGUGGCUGGCGGCGGUGGAGAUGGAGGCCUUCUUUCUGGAAACGAGAAGGUCACCAUGCAGAAUCUCAAUGACCGCUUGGCUAACUACCUGGAUAAGGUGCGGGCUCUGGAAGAAGCCAACACUGAAUUGGAGAUCAAGAUCCGAGACUGGCAUCAGAAGCAGGCUCCCACCAGCCCAGCCAAGGACUACAGCCAUUACCACAAGCUUAUCAAUGAGCUUCGUGACAAGAUUCAUCAAACCACAACUGACAAUUCAAGGGUUGUCCUGGAGAUUGACAAUGCCAGGCUGGCUGCUGAUGAUUUCAGACUGAAAUAUGAGAAUGAGCUGCACCUCCGCCAGAGCGUUGAGGCAGACAUCAAUGGUCUCCGCAGAGUUCUGGAUGAGCUGACUCUGUCCAAAUCUGACCUGGAGAUGCAGAUCGAAGGGCUGAAGGAGGAUCUGGCCUACCUCACCAAGAACCAUGAGGAGCUAAUGAAAGAAUACAGCUCUCAGUUGACUGGAAAUGUCAGUGUUGAGAUGGAUGCCGCGCCUGGAGUUGACCUCACCAAAGUUUUGGCAGACAUGAGAGAACAAUAUGAACAACUGGCUGACAAGAAUCGCAGAGAUUGUGAGGCAUGGUUCUUUGCCAAGACUGAAGAACUAAACCGUGAAGUUGCCACUAACACAGAACAGCUACAGUCCAGCAAGAGCGAAAUUUCAGAACUGAGGCGUACAAUACAGAGUUUGGAAAUUGAGUUACAGUCACAACUUAGCAUGAAAGCUGGCUUGGAAAGCAGCUUGGCAGAGACAGAGGGACGAUAUUGCGCUCAACUGGCUCAAAUACAGAACUUGAUCACCGGCGUGGAGGAGCAGCUGGCAGAGUUGCGCUGUGACAUGGAACGCCAGAACCACGAGUAUAAGGUGCUCAUGGAUAUCAAGACCCGCCUGGAACAGGAGAUCGCCACCUAUCGCAAUCUGUUGGAGGGCCAGGACUCCAAACUCUCCGGGUGGUCUCCAAAAGACGCAUCCUAUGGUGGAGGUAGCAACGUCACCUACAGCAGCUCUACUACCUAUAGCAGUGGCGGUGGCGGCAGCGGCAGUGUCACUUCCAGCAAUAAAGUGCGCACUGGCAGUGAAGAAAGGAGAUACUGAGAUCUCAGCAUCAAAGUCCUGGUUCUGCCUUCAUUUCCUCUGUGGAAGCAUUUUCAGCGUACACACAAAUUGCUAAAAGAAACAUCCUUUCUCUUGCUCAAGUGUGCCUUGGCUUGGUCACUUCCAUAACAGCACUGUCACACUAGCUUUGUCUUGCUCAUCAAAGUAAAUGCACUGCAGUGUGUAAUGCUUUUGAUAAUAAAGUUUCUUUUCAGGCUUUUUUGCAGAUAAA